GCCGCGACGGGGUAUUUCUUAACUUUGCUAAACCCGAACGCAUGAGCGAAAUCUUAGUAUAAAUACUGAGGCACCCGCCGAGAAAGAUCACACUUGAACACCUCAAGCAACACAAACAUGUUCAGCAAGGUCCUCGCCAUUGCCGCCUUCGUGGCCGCCGCCUCCGCCGGAGUCGUGCCCGCCGUCAGCACCUACGCUGCUGCCCCCGCCUACGGCUAUGCCGCCCCCAUUGCCCGUGCCGCUUAUGCCGCCCCCGCCUACGGCUACGCUGCCGCCCCCGCUUACGGCUAUGCUGCCCCCGCCCUCGCUCGCGCCGCUUAUGCUGCCCCCGUUGUUGCCGCCCCCGCCAUCGCCAAGGUCGCCGUCCCCGCUGAGUACGACGCCAACCCUCAGUACAGCUACGCUUACUCCGUUGCCGAUGCCCUGACCGGAGACAACAAGGAGCAGCACGAGACCCGCAACGGAGAUGUCGUCCAGGGCUCUUACUCCCUCAUCGAGGCCGACGGAACCCGUCGCGUCGUCGACUACACCGCUGACCCCAUCAACGGAUUCAACGCCGUCGUCCACAAGGAGGCCGCCGUCCAGAAGGCUGUUGUUGCCGCCCCCGCCUACGCUAAGGUCGCCGCUCCCCUGGCUUAUGCCGCCCCCGCCGCCUACGGUUAUGGUGCCCCCGCCUACGGCCGUGCCAUCCUUGGUUAAUUCACCUGACCUGAAGAACAUCUAAUUUAUUAUAAAACUUUAAGAUCAUGUUCACUUCAUCCUGUUCACUUCACAUGUUUUUGUGGAUUUUUGCCACGGUUGUUAAGACUUUGAAAUGAAUAAAAUGUACAAACGAACAGUACUUUAAACAGAAACAAA